UCGGCCACCCCCCUGGCGCCCCCCUUCCUAUCCACGGGGCUAUAUGUGGCUCUUGGAAAGCUCCAAAUGUUUUCCAUAUUUGUUCAGCCUCUUCGAUUCCAAAUACCAGGAAGGAACCAGCCAGGCAGCCGCACAAAGAGCGAGAGCGAGAGAGAGUAGUUGCUCAACAUGGGCAAAGAGGAGAAGGCAGCCCAGCAGCAGAAGCAGCAGCAGGCAGAGGCAAGCAGGAAAGAGCAAGACGCCGCGAUGCCCAAGAAGCGAGCCCAAAGCGAGGCCAAAGCGGGGCAGGAGGAGGACGUCCACACGUGCUGUGGCUGCCGUUUCCCGCUGCUGCUGGCCUCCUUGCAGCUGGCGCUGGGCGUCUCUGUGACCGUGCUGGGCUUCUUUAUGGCAGGCAUCAGCGCCUCUCUGCUGGUCAGAGACACUCCAUAUUGGGCGGGCAUCAUUGUCUGUGUAGUGGCCUUACUGGGUUUCGUGAUGCUUUGUAUUUCUUACCAACCGGAUGAGAAGACCUGCAUCCAGUUUGCCAUCAAGGUUGCAUACUUCCUGCUGAGCGCACUGAGUCUGAUUGUUUGUGUUUUGGCAGUGGCAUUUGCUUCCUACCGUUAUUCGCAGAUCACGCAGUUCACCUGUGAAGCCGUCCCGGAGAUCUGUCAGUGUAAACUGGAUACGGUGGAUCCCCUCAGCAGGACCUUCAUUUUCCAGAAUGUUUUGGGCUGUGACGAUAUCACAAGUACUUUCAGUCUUUAUUUGCUGAUCCAGAUAGUGCUUAACCUCCUGGCUGCCAUUGUGGGCUUUGCAGCGUGCUUUGUGAUGUGGAAAGACAGGUACCAGGUCUUUUAUGUCGGCAUCCGGUUCCAUUCAUUCACUGCUCCUGGAGGGCAACAGCAGAAAGUAUAAAGGCUUGGUGAGUGGUAUUGAGAAGAGCAGUAAAAUAUUGUCCUAUCACCACCAAAUAGACAACUGUUUAUACAAUUGGAGAGUGGAAAGGAGAGACAAUGAAACACGCUUAAUGGAUAUUGUGGUUCAGAUAAAGUAAGGUACAUACAUUAUUAAUUUUUUUAAAAGGUGACUAUUGCCAAGCGUCCAGCCGCAUCCCCGAAAUGCACCACAGUGAUAAGCGAUUCCACUUCUAUAUUUCUAGGUGGAUUAGGAACUGCAGGGCUUAGUGGGCUACGCAUUGAGAAGACACACUGUAUGACUUUCAUUGUGUAUUCCCACCAACACUGUAAUGUAGAUAGUAGGGGAUAUUUUUUAAGGUGCAGCUAAAAGGGACAUAUUUUAACUCACCAUUUACUUCUUCAGUAGCUGUAGUUCAAAGAAGUAAGUGUGACCUACAUGUCAUGUAACAUGUGGACCAAGGGCAACUACCCCAGAUUUAAGUGCAAAAAAGCUUAGCCCCAUGUUUGUGCAAACCUUUUCCUUCUAAAGUAUCUUUUUCACACACAUGUGUUCACAGAAUGGCAUAGUGUGGUUCAGCAUAAUAUACUUUUAGCAACAAGGUUGUUCUCUCACCCAUGUCUGCUCCAAAACCAUGUACAGUAAAGUCUCACUUAUCCAAGCUAAACAGGCCAGCAGAAGCUUGGAUAAGCGAAUAUCUUAGAUAAUAAGGAGAGAUUAAGGAAAAGCCUAUUAAACAUCAAAUUAGGUUAUGAUUUUAAAAAAUUAAGCACCAAAACAUCAUGUUAUACAACAAAUUUGACAGAAAAAGUAGUUCAAUGCGCAGUAAUGUUGUGUUGUAAUUACUGUAUUUACGAAUUUAGCACCAAAAUAUCAUGAUAUAUUGAAAACAUUGACUACAAAAAUGGCUUGGAUAAUCCAGAAGCUUGGAUAAGUGAGGCUUGGAUAAGUGAGACUCUACUGUAUAUCUUCUGCUGAAGAGAUGUGGGCAAACUGCAUGAUUAGGUACAAUGGUAGACAUAGACUCAUCCCACGAUGUUUUACCAGCAUGGUAUGUAGCCACACUGUCUAUGCCAGAGAAUAGACUAUAUUAUGCCUUAAACUGUAGACUACGAACAAUUCUUAUGAUUAUAAAAAAAGUAAAAGGCUACAGAGCGAUCUUCUGGCCUUCUCUUAGGAAGACUCUAUUUGGUACACAUACAUUCUUCCAAAGAGUACCAGCAUAAUUAUGUCAUAUAUUUGAUUAUUUUUACUUUUUAAUAUUUAGUUAUAAAGGAUUCCUAUUCAGAUUGCUUAUAGUGGAGCAGUGUGAGCUUAUGACUGAAUCCAUCAGCUUCUUGUCAGGUUCUUGACACUCCCAUGCAAAAAAAAAAGAUGCAGCAUUCUCACCAAAAGCGGUAGACUUUCAUGCUUAAAUACAAGGCACUUAGGAAGUAUGUGGGUGGAAACAUCCAGCUGUAAAUGCAGAAUUAGGUAGAUUCAACUUGGUGUGAAUUUACACUGUGUCACUUCUAAUUGUGACUUCUGUCAACACAAUGAAGCAUGGUGUUACCAUUCUUCUAACAGCCGUGAUGAUUUGGAAAUGCUAGGCUUAAUUUCACUGUCGGUGAUUACAAAUGGCAAUCUAUCUGAUGGUCAGAUUACCACAUAAAGUAUCUUUUGAGAUACAGUAGAGUCUCACUUAUCCAACAUAAACGGGCCGGCAGAAUGUUGGAUAAGCGAAUAUGUUGGAUAAUAAGGAGGCAUUAAGGAAAAGCCUAUUAAACAUAAAAUUAGGUUAUGAUUUUACAAAUGAAGCAUGAAAACAUCAUGUUAGACAAUAAACUUGGCAGAAAAAGUACUUCAAUACGCAGUAAUGCUAUGUAGUAAUUACUGUAUUUAUGAAUUUAGCACCAAAAUAUCACGAUAUGUUGAAAACAUUGACUACAAAAAUGCGUUGGAUAAUCCAGAAUGUUGGAUAAGCAAGUGUUGGAUAAGUGAGACUCUACUGUAUUUGCUUUAUCUAAACAAAUUAUUCAAUUUGCCCAGCCCAUCUGAAUAAAAGCUUACUUUCUAUUAAAUCCAGUUUACCUAUUACUAAACAUUGGUAUUAAAAUUAAUUCUUCAAAAUUAGCCAUUGGAUGUCAUUCGGUUUUCUAAGAACUAGAGAAAAGGAUUACAGUGUUCCCUCACUACUUCGCAAUUCACUUUUCGAGGAUUCGCUGUUUCGCGGUUUUUCAAUAAACUCUAAAAGACCAUUAUAAAUCAUAAAAAAAUUACAAUUUACAGCCUAAGGAAGGGAGGAAGGAGAAGCCAAAGGGAGAGAAAAAGAGCCCAAGAGGCAACGGGAGGAGAAGGAGGCGAUUUAGCAACACACGAUUAGUUGAUAAAGACUUAAAAUAGUGUAUAACUACUAAAAUAAUGUAUAAAUAUUAAAAUAAAUAUAGUGUCCCUACUUUGCGGAUUUUCACUUCUUGAGGGUAGACCUGGAACCUAACCCCUGUGAUAAGUGAGGGAACACUGUACUUAGGCAUCUUAAUAUAAAAAGAAGUGAUGGUGAACAUUCCUUACUGGCUUCCAUGCGGUCUGGAUUGUGUCUAAAUUCUCAUUUAUUAGUACAGUAGAGUCUCACUUAUCCAACGUUCUGGAUUAUCCAACGCAUUUUUGUAGUCAAUGUUUUCAAUAUAUCGUGAUAUUUUGGUGCUAAAUUCAUAAAUACAGUAAUUACUACAUAGCAUUAAUGUGUAAUGAAUUACUUUUUCUGUCAAAUUUGUUGUAUAACAUGAUGUUUUGGUGCUUAAUUUGUAAAAUCACAACCUAUUUUGAUGUUUAAUAGGCUUUUUCUUAAUCUCUCCUUAUUAUCCAACAUAUUUGGUUAUCCAACAUUCUGCCGGCCCGUUUAUGUUGGAUAAGUGAGACUCUACUGUAAUUUCAUAAGGAUACAAAUGCAGCCUUAGAACAUUUAAACAUGGGCGUUAAGCAUAUUUCAGUUGUCUCUAGAUUGCAAUUUUCACCUCUUAUUCUUCUCUGGCUCCAUCUUCUCAACUUUCUUGCACAGUGGAAAUGUAACGUACAUGGAACAUGUCUGCUUGUGUUUAGGAAUUAAAAUGUUAGUGACAUUGAGGUUACCAAAACCAAUGUCCCUCAAUCUGCUUUGCAUCUCCAUUAUAGCAAUGUAGAGAGAAGCAGCUUGAGAACCUCAUUGUCAGUUCAUUGCAUACAAGAAUGCAAGGCCUCCUAAGUAAGAUUACAUCUUGAUUGAGUUGGGAGAAAAACUAAACCAAAUAGAGCCUUUAAUAAUGUUUGUCA